AUGGAGUGGAGUACGUUGCAGCAUCUAGAUCUGCGCCAUAUAGGGCGUGGCGUUAGGCCUUUGCAGCCUCACGCUGCUUCCUUCCAUCCUCAUCAAGCUCUUGUUGCUGUCGCCAUUGGAACCUACAUCGUCGAAUUUGAUGCAUUAACUGGAAGCAAGAUUUCCGCUCUUGACAUUGGUGCGCCUGCUGUUCGAAUGUCUUACAGUCCAACAAGUGGACACACUGUGAUUGCAAUCCUCCAGGAUUGUACGAUAAGAUCUUGUGAUUUUGACUUGGAGCAAACUUGUGUACUGCAUUCACCUGAGAAAAAGACCGAGCAAAUUUCUUCUGAUGCAGAAGUUCGCAUGGCUUUAACCCCACUCCAACCUGUUGUGUUUUUUGGGUUCCCUAAGAGAAUGAGUGUGACAGUUGUUGGAACUGUUGAAGGCGGCCGGGCACCUACCAAAAUCAAGCCAGACUUGAAGAAAGCUAUCGUAAAUCUUGCUUGUCAUCCUCGCCUCCCUGUACUGUAUGUUGCUUAUGCAGAAGGGUUGAUUCGGGCAUAUAACAUUCAUACCUAUGCUGUUCAUUACACACUUCAACUUGACAAUACAAUUAAGCUUAUCGGGGCUGGUGCAUUUGCAUUUCAUCCAACUCUGGAGUGGAUUUUUGUUGGGGAUCGGAAGGGUACACUUCUGGCAUGGGAUGUAUCAACAGAGAGACCAAGUAUGAUCGGAAUAAAACAAGUUGGCUCACAACCAAUUAAAUCAGUUGCCUUUCUCCCCAUGCUGCGUUUACUUGUAACUCUAUCUAAAGAUGGAAAUCUACACGUUUGGGAAACACGUGUUACAGUGAAUCCUAAUAGACCUGCUACUCAGGCUAACUUUUUUGAGCCUGCAGCAAUUGAAUCAAUUGAUAUCCCUCGCAUCCUUUCUCAACAGGGUGGAGAAGCAGUUUAUCCAUUGCCACGAAUUAAAGCUUUAGAAUUUCAUCCAAAAUUGAAUUUAGCUGCACUAGUGUUUGCAAAUGUGACGAGUGCAGACACUUCAAAAAAUAAGGCCUCAUACAGUAAAGAAGGGAGAAAGCAACUUUUUACAGUUUUACAAAGUGCACGGUGUUGCACCCUAAAAUUUGCUCAACCUUAUUCACUUGGUUUAUGUUUCAAUGUCAUUAGCAUUUGCAUAUAG